AUGAAUGGCUUUUUGUUUAUUAAAUCUAAGAAAUGGAGCAAUGCUAUAUACGCCGUAAUCUUUAUCCAUACCUUUAUUUAUACGAUAAUUUAUUCUGGCAACUAUUCCAACUCCUUAGUAACCAAAUUCAACACUACCGAAGAUUAUCCUGAACAGAAGGCAUGGAAUAAAUUCUGGCACAAUUUUUCUUUAUUCAAGGUGUCACCCUUGAAAUUUACCGCUCUACCUUCAACCGAUUUAUUUCUAAUAAACGAAUCGAAAAUUCAUAAAAGAUAUUGCCAUGGUGGAAGUGAUAAGGCAUCUAUAUAUAUUUUAGCGUUAAUAAUUUCCUCGUGGACCAAUUUCCACGCUCGCCAACGUGUCAGAGAAACCUGGGCCUUCAGCGGUAGUAUAUCCGAAGCUAACAGAACUCAUUAUAUUAGGCACGUUUUUCUUGUGGGCCAAGCCCCUUCUUACAACUCUACCUUAUCCAAACAGGAAAUUCUUAUAUCGCAAAACAAAUUGGAAUCGGAAAUCGAGUCAUUUCAAGAUAUCGUGGGUGCUAAUUUUAUCGACAAUUACGCCAAUCUAACUUACAAAACGAUGACAGGUAUCGCGUUCGCUUUAAUGGAAGGCCACCGAAACAAAAAUUCCCCUCUGUUCGAAUCAUCUUGCUUUAAAAAAUAUUUGCUGAAAAUUGAUGAUGAUACUUUGCCAAAUCUUAAAUAUUUGAUGAAAACCCUAGUAAAUUAUCAUAAAAAUCCAAUGAUUAAUAAAAAUUCUGUAUCUAGACAGCCGUCGGUUUCUUUUCCAGUUUUUAUAUGCAAAGUCGCGCACAAUUGGUUGCCCAUAAGAUCUCCUGAGCAUAAAAACUUUUUGUCCCCCUCUGAUUACCCGCCAGAAAAACUUAUGCCAUUUUGUCCUGGCGCGGCGUACCUUGUGAGUUACGAUUUAAAGACUCUUGAAAAUAUGUGCAACACGUCACGAUUUACCAAGUAUAUAGCUAACGAGGACGUUUAUGUGACAGGGAUGCUCUCCGAAUUGCUCAAUAUUUCCUUGAUUGAUAUGGGGGAAUAUUAUUCUAAUAUGGAUAGCUAUACAUUGAAGGAAAAAUCCGAGAAAUACAUGUUUUCAACACACAUUAAAGAUGAUUAUUCUUAUAAAAACAUUUGGAAGAACAUUGAAUCGAGAUAA